AUGGCCUUCACGGACGUCAUCUACUACCAAUGGUCUCAGUUCUACCAAUGGCUUGAGAAGGAGCUCAACUUCUUCCGAGUUCACCUACUUUACUUCACCAUAACACCCCUAAUCUUCACCUUCAUCUUCUAUGCGUCCAAUGGCAAAUUUCACAUCUCUUUCAUAGAUUCCAUGUUCUUGUGCUACUCGGCGAUGACCGUGACAGGGUUGUCCACCGUCAAUCUGAGCACGUUGACUGUCUGGCAGCAAACCAUUCUGUUCAUAUGCAUGCUCGUUGGUAACGUGACUAUGGUCGCAUGGGUUAUGGUUCUCAUCCGCACCAACUACUUCCGUCAAUACAUCAUCGACAGGGAGCGCAAACGAACCGUCCUCCAGUCCAUCCGCGAUCGCUUCACAGGCAAAUCGCCCGUCCACCGCGCCACCGAUCCCGAGCACCGCGGCAGCGGUGUGGAGAAGCACAAAAGCCAUGGUAGCAGUGGCAUCAAGGCAUCCGACGGUAUCGGCGCCGCCAUGGCUGGAGGGGCUAUCACUGGCCUUGGCUUGGGCAUUGCGCUCAACGUGCCCGCUGAGCAGGUUGCUGCGCCACCGGAUUCGCCCAAGGCAUGGCACGGCUCCGACGAGCACAUCCAAGUCGAGAUUGGCUCUACUUUGCGCGCCUCUCCCAUUGAAGACCUCGGCGAUGACAGUCAAGAACGCGGAAUCAUCACCGACAUGAAUUCGUUUACCUCGUCUCCCCGGUCUGGUGCCAUGGCGCUGCACCCGGAGUCCCCACCAGCAAGGCAGCUGCACUUCGCUGCGAACGUACAGCCCUUCAGCGCUGGUGCUGUACGAAGGCGACCAGGCGUUCCAAUCCCACGCAGACGCACGAUUAUUGCACCAACGUAUUACGAUCUGUCACACCCGGCCGUUGGCCAACGCCAUAAGGAUCAAGGUCUUGGUGGAUUCCCCGGACCCAUCACCUUAGGCAGACGCUUCGUCAAGAGGUAUCUUCCGGGAGUACAACGGCAGAUGACGAUAUUCAUCGAGGGUCAUCACGCGGAAGAGAAGCACGUCUCCAGUUGGCAAGCAAUCAGUGCCAACUUAACAGGGCUGGUCAUUGGAAGGAACUCAGAAAUCAACACUGAUGAGUUGAGCGACGAACAGCUGGAGGAACUGGGGGGCAUUGAAUAUCAGGCGCUGUGCCUAUUGAAUUAUAUCGUGAUCCUUUAUUUCAUCGGCACGCAAUUAGUAUCAUUUAUUCUCAUCGCGCCCUGGUUGUCCACCUCACAUGCCUACGACGGUGUGUUCGAUACCCAGCCUCGGCUUGUGAACAAGUCUUGGUUCACGUUGUUCCAAAUUGUUGGGGCAUACACAGGUGGUGGUAUGAGUCUGGUAGAUACAGGCAUGGUCCCGUUCCAGCAGGCCUAUUUGAUGAUAUUCUCUUUGAUCUUUGCGAUCUUGGCUGGUAAUCACGGAUUGCCUGUCUUCUUGCGUUUUUCCAUCUGGAUCUACACCCGAUCACCCCGCCGAUGCUUCUUGUACCUCUUCCCGUCGUAUGUCACUUGGUAUCUCCUUGCUACUUUGGUGUUCUUCACAGCUGUCGAAUGGAUCUGCUUUAUCGUUCUUAAUCUUGGAUUGGAUGCUCUCUCAUCGCUCUCUGUGGGCACGCGUGUCGUCGCGGGACUGUUCCAGUCGUUCGCCAUUCGCGCGUCCGGAUUUCCGAUUAUCAACCUUUCUGCCCUGGCGCCUUCCUUCCAGUUCUUAUGCGUCGUCAUGAUGUACAUUGCUGUAUAUCCUGUUGCACUCAGUAUCCGUUCCACCAAUGUGUACGAAGAGCAAAGCUUGGGCGUGUUCGAGGAGGCUCCUGCCGACGAAGACGAAGAGCCCGCUCUGAACGAGACUUCCACUAGGAGCGAACGAAUCAGCAAGUACUUCGGUUGGCACUUGCGCCGUCAAGUAGCCUUCGACAUCUGGUGGCUCGUCUGGGCCAUAUUUGCCAUCUGCAUCAUUGAGCGCACCAAGAUCAUGGACGACGUCAACGCACCGUGGUUCAACAUCUUCCGGAUAGUGUUCGAGCUGGUGUCCGCGUUCGGUGGAAUCGGCUUGACUCUUGGCAUCCCAACGGAGAACUUCGCUUUCUCGGGCGCUUUUGGCCCCCUCUCCAAGCUCGUGGUCAUUAUCAUCAUGGUUCGUGGGAGGCAUCGUGGUCUUCCCGUGGCCAUCGACCGAGCUAUCAUGUUGCCCGAGGAGCUGCGCAAGCGCACAGAAGAAUCGGAACAGGCUAACGCUAUGGCGGAACAGGCAAGAAUGGCCGCCGAGCUCGCAGCCGAGAAAGACACGCAUGAGCAUGCUUGA